AUGAGUUACGAGCCACCUGCAAAUCCCUUUAACCCCUCGGGCCAUCCUAGUCAACCUUACCAAGGUCAAGACCAACCUUCUUAUCAGCCCCAGGAGGGUCCCCCAGUGAGACCGUAUGGAAAGGCCGAAUAUGGCGAGGACCAUGAGUAUAAUCAAAAUCACCAAACUGGAUAUCAUGGGAAUGAUAGCGACUUACCACCACCUAUCAACUACGCGACCAAGCCGGAAGAAGGGCAGUCUUUUGAAGAACAGUUCAAGGUAGAGAAACCCAAAUGGAAUGACGUGAUCUUUAUUUUUGUAUUCCUGGCGUUUGUAGCAGGCUUCAUUGUUAUUGCUGCUCUCACGCUGUCUGCCUAUGUCAAGCAUCGAGGUUUCGAGGGAACGAGUAUCUAUAAUAGUCAGAACACGUUUUCCUUGAAUACGCAUACUAUCAUUCUGUUUGCUUUUGUUACCGUGAUUUGUGUGGUGUUAGCAUUUUUGUAUUAUACUCUAGCUAGAGUGUUCACCAAACAAUUUAUUAUCAUCACUAUGAUAUUACAAAUUGUCAUAUCUGUGGGUACUGCCAUUUAUCUUCUUAUCGAAAAGGAUUGGUCUGCUGGCAUUGUUGGCCUCGUUUUUGCUCUUUUCUCAGCAUUCUGUUAUUGGACAAUGAGGUCGCGUAUUCCUUUUGCAACUAUCGUGUUGAAGACCAUUAUUGACGUAACAAGAAUCGUGCCUUCCACGUUGUUCAUUUCUGCUAUUGGCGCUUUAUUUUCGGGUGCGUUGUCGAUGUUUUUCAGCGUUGUUAUGGUGGCCACCUAUGUCAAAUAUCACGAUUCUCCAGAUAAUCCAUCUUGCUCUAAUGGAGGCUGCAGUAACGGCAAGCUUAUUGGGCUCCUUGUCUAUAUUACGUUUUCCGCUUAUUACAUGUCCGAGGUAGCCAGGAAUGUUAUUCGUGUGAGUAUUUGUGGAGUGUAUGGUUCUUGGUACUACAGCUAUAAAUCAGAUCAGGGAAUGCCUAAAUGGCCAGCAUUAGGUGCUUUCAAGAGAGCCAUGACAUAUUCUUUUGGAUCAAUCUGUUUUGGAUCACUAGUAGUUGCUGUUAUAAACCUAAUUCGUGACCUUCUCAAUCUUGCACAACAAGUGAAUGCUGACAAUGGUGGCAACCCCAUUGUUACUUUGGUACUUUGUUGUGUUCAAUGUAUUGUUGGAAUUAUCAACUGGGCUGUUCAAUAUUUCAAUAAUUUUGCUUAUACCUAUAUUGCCCUCUAUGGAAAGGCAUAUAUUCCUGCUGCAAAAGAUACCUGGACUAUCGUCAAAGCUAGAGGUAUCGAUGCGUUGAUUAAUGACGCUUUGAUUGGUAAUGUUCUGACAUUUGGAUCAAUGUUUGUAGCUUAUGUUGCUGCUCUUUUUGCCUACCUUUUCCUGCGGUUUACGCACCCCGCCUACAACUCAUCAGGGGGAUAUUAUCCAAUCGUGGUAGGAUUUGCCUUUGUGAUUGGUCUCCAAAUCGGCAACAUUACGACUGUUUCUAUCAAUAGUGGUGUCCAUAGUUUCUUCGUCGCAUUGGCAAAGGAUCCGGAAGUAUUUAGAAUGAGUUAUCCAGACACUUUCGAAGCAUUGUUACAGGCUUACCCUCAGGUGAGACAGAAGCUUGACCUCUGA